AUGGCCAACGAGCUUCAGAGAGCCCAGCUGCUCUCACGGAGGGAUACGAUGAUUGCUGCCCUGGGUCGGGCAGAGGCAUUCCUCGUUGGAUAUGACGAACAACGGGACCAGUCGCAAAUACAGCUGCGUUUAGAGUACCUCGAUUCGAUGUGGGCGUCGCUAGAGCAGGUACAGGGUCAACUCGAGGACAUCGAAACAACAGAAGAAGGUAGGGCACAGAAUGCCGAAAAGCGAGCGUAUUUUGAACCACGAUUGUUUCAAAUAAAAGGAAGCUUAAUUUCCAAACUACCUACCUCUCCUCCCAUCAAUUCACAAGUACCUCCACCCUCUCUCUCUACCAACGCUCUCUCUGGAAUAAAGCUACCAACGAUUUCGCUACCCGAAUUCGAUGGUGACUAUGCUCAAUGGUUACCAUUUCACGACACAUUCGUCGCUCUCAUUCAUAAUAAUCCCGACCUUCCUAAAGUACAAAAAUUCCACUACUUACGAGCAGCUUUGAAAGGCGAAGCUGCUCAGUUAGUUGAGUCGAUUGCCAUUUCGUCGGCCAACUACAGUUUAGCGUGGGACACGCUGACAGGUCGGUAUGCUAACGAGUAUCUGCUUAAGAAGAGACAUCUACAGGCGUUGUUCGACGUACCACAUGUGAGGAAAGAAACAGCCGCUACGCUCCACAGCCUGGUCGACGAUUUCGAACGACAUACCAAAAUCUUACACCAACUGGGGGAGCCAACUGACAGCUGGAGCACGAUUCUGGAGCACCUGUUGUGCACGCGACUGCACGAUGAUUCUCUCAAGGCGUGGGAGGAUUACGCGUCAACCGUCGAGGACCCGAACUACAGCUGCCUCAUCGACUUCCUUCAGCGAAGAAUCCGAGUGUUGGAAUCAAUUUCGGUAAACCACCACCCGACGAGUUCUAUCACCAACACGCAGCAACAAAACCAUAAACGAUUCAACAACCAUCAGCGGGUCUCAUCCUACCCAUUCACUGCAAGUUCUAAUGGGAAAUGUCCAGCGUGUGGUCAGCAGCAUCCGUUGCUGAAAUGCCAGAAAUUUCAUCGACUGACUGUCAUCGAACGCCUAAAGGUAGUCAACACAAAGCGACUCUGUAAUAAUUGCUUACGCGCAUAUCACAUUGCACGUGACUGCUCGUCAAAUUACAAUUGCAAGCAUUGCAAUCGCCGUCAUCAUUCGCUUUUGCACACCAACCCUCACGAAGAAGACCGAAGAUCCAACGGAGUAAGUUCUAUCAACAAUUCCACGACGCCAGUAGUAAUCCGACCCACACCCGCUCCACGAGCCAAGUCAGCUAAGCAAACAGCUGCGGCGACUGCCGAAGUCGUCCCACGUGUCGAAAGCAGUACACCUGUCAACCAAACAAAGGAGAACGUUUUCUUGAUGACGGUCAUCGUUAAUAUUGUGGAUGCCUUCGGACAAAUGCACCCAGCUCGUGCUCUCCUAGACAGCGCGUCUCAGCCAAAUUUAAUUACCGAACGUCUAGCACAACUUCUGCGCGUGAAGCGCGAUCGAGUCAACGUUACCAUUAUGGGCGCUGGUCAACUGUCGAAGCCCGUUCGUGAAUCGAUUUUCACCCAAGUGAAGUCUCGGUCCAGUGAUUUCUGCUGUGACGUCAGUUUCCUCGUGAUGAACAAGGUUACUGCUAAUCUUCCCGCACAAGACGUGUCUAGAAUAGGUUGGAGGAUUCCAAAGGAAAUCACGCUUGCCGAUCCCGAGUUCCAUCGAAGUCAACCGAUAGAUUUGGUGCUAGGUGCCAAGCACUUUCACACCUUUUUCCCCACUGCUGUUCGACUACAGAUCGACGACCGAUUACCGUUGCUGGUGGAGAGUGUAUUCGGGUGGAUUGUUGCUGGAUCCGCUCCCUGUAUUAGGUCUGAUGGCGAUUCAGAUGGUGAUGAAGAGCUACAAUCGACGGUAGUUUCAAUGGUUUCCCUCGAGCAGAUCAUCGAAAGGUUCUGGAUGACUGAGAGUCUAUCUACCAACGACACUUACUCGGUAGAAGAAAAGUUCUGCGAAACGUUCUACAAGUCCACUACAACCCGUGACAAUGAAGGACGCUACGUAGUACGUUUGCCCCGAAAACCCAAUUUCAACAUCAUGCUGAAUGACUCGAAAGCAAGCGCUCUCAAUCGCUAUCAACUACUUGAACGACGACUGGAUAGGAACCCAGAACUGAAGGAAGAAUACGACAAAUUCAUGCGGGAAUAUCUCUCCCUUGGCCACAUGAAACUGGUCAACGCGGAAGACGAUCAAGCUCCCGUGUCAUAUUACCUGCCUCACCAUCCCGUGAUUAAGGACACAAGCACGACCACCAAGGUCAGAGUCGUUUUCGACGGCUCUUCCAAGACUUCGUCCGGCUUCUCCCUCAACGAAGCUCUUUGCGUUGGACCUGUAGUGCAGGACGAUCUGCUCACGCUUAUUCUUCGCUUCCGUACUUUUCCUGUAGCGCUCGUCGGUGACAUUGCCAAAAUGUACAGACAAGUUCUUGUCCAUCCUGAGGAUACACCACUGCAAAGAAUUCUCUGGCGGUUCUCGAGGCAGGUUCCAGUCCAGACCUACGAGUUGCUCACCGUUACUUACGGGAUAGCUCCCUCUUCCUUCCUCGCAACUCGCACACUGAAACAGCUAGCGGCUGACGAAGGUACAUCCUAUCCUCUCGGACGGCCGGCUCUCGAAAAAGGUUUUUAUGUAGACGACUUCAUUGGAGGAGCACACUCGGUUGAGGAAGCUAUUCGUUUGAGGACCGAAUUAUCCGAAUUAUUAGCGAAGGGAGGUCUAGAAUUGCGGAAGUGGACUUCAAACCAUCUCGAAGUGCUUCACGGUUUGCACGACGACCAGAUCGGGACACAAUCCUCUCUGCAGUUUGGUCCCAACGAAACUGUGAAAACGCUGGGAAUUGGUUGGGAGCCAGAGGCUGAUUUCCUCCGCUUUGAUUCUCUGAUCGAUUCUAACAGUGACCCUUGGACCAAGCGCUCGAUCUUGUCUACAAUAGCGAGGCUUUUCGAUCCGAUGGGAUUAAUUGCUCCGGUGGUUGUCACGGCGAAAAUCAUCAUGCAACAACUCUGGGUGCUUCCGUGCGGAUGGGACGAUCCAGUACCGGACAACCUACAAACUAAAUGGAAACAUUAUUGUCAAGACCUACCAAAAGUGUCUGCUUUUCGCGUUCAAGGCUACGCUUUUCUACCCAGAUCUAAGGUGCAGCUGCACACAUUCACAGAUGCCUCCGAGGAUGCAUACGGAGCGUGCGUCUAUGCACGAUGCGAAAACCCCAAGGGAAAUGUCCGAGUACAACUACUAGCCGCGAAAUCUAGAGUAGCCCCUCUGAAGCGUUUGAGUAUCGCACGUCUGGAACUAUGUGCUGCUGUUCUCGGUGCUCACCUUUACGACCACGUCAAGCAAGCCCUAGAUCUGCAGAUCGAGUCAUCCCAUUUUUGGACAGAUUCCACGGUUACUCUUCAGUGGCUAAAAUCACCACCAAACGUCUGGAAGACUUUCGUGGCCAACAGAGUGGCUGAAGUGCAACACCACACACACGGCUGCCAAUGGCGGCACGUUCCGGGAAGUGAAAAUCCAGCUGAUUUGGUAUCUCGAGGCACGACAGUUAAAGGACUUCUUAGCUCUGACUACUGGUACAACGGACCACACUGGUUAGCACUUCCGUCCCGAGAAUGGCCCAUACUCACUCUACCAGGUGUUCCCGACGAAGAACUGGAGAUUCGUCAAGUCGUAGCAGCUGUGCAAACACAAACUACAAUCAACCCGCUGUUCCUUCGCUACAGUUCUUUCACCCGUCUACUGCACAUCGUCGGCUACUGUUUGCGCUUCAUUUCCAACAGCAGAGCGAAGAUUCAGGCGAGGAACAGCCUGCAAGCAUCACCCGAUACUUCCCACAGCAUAUCUCUAACCGUGGAACAAGUACGAAUCGCAAAAACACGCCUCACUCGUUUAGCGCAAGAAGAUGCUUUCAACGACGAAAUUUGGGAACUCGAGAAGGGAAAAUCCAUUUCAAAAAAGUCAACCAUUCGCUUAUUAAAUCCUAUUCUAGAUUCUGAGAGAGUUCUAAGGGUUGGAGGGAGAUUAAACUUGUCCCAGUUGCCUUACCACACGAAACAUCCUUCCCUACUUCCUGCCAAUCAUCCCUUCACUCGCAUAAUUGCCGAACAUUACCACCUCAAGCUCUUCCACGGCGGCGGGCGCCAUCUACUGGCCACCAUACGGCAAGAGUUCUGGCCUUUGGAUGGCCGUCGGCUGGUUAGAAGCAUUGUUCGCAAUUGCUUCCGUUGCACUCGUUUCAAUCCAGAGCCCGUAGAGCAACAAAUAGGCCAGCUACCUGCCCAACGAGUAGUGCCAGGAAGACCGUUCGAAGUCACCGGAGUAGAUUACGCCGGCCCGGUUUAUCUCAAACCAACACACCCACGGGCGCCUGCGAUGAAGGCGUACAUCUGCAUAUUCGUAUGCUUCACAACGAAGGGUGUCCAUAUUGAGCUUGCCAGCGACCUAUCCACCCACACCUUUCUGAAGGCGUUGCGACGUUUCAUCUCACGUCGUGGCAGUCCCUCUCAUCUGCACUCAGACAAUGGGAAAAACUUUGAGGGAGCCAAAAAUGAGCUCGUUGAACUGUACCGGAUGCUUCGCAGUAACUCCGACCAAGACAAAAUUCGCAACGCUUGCGCCGAAAUUGGCAUACAAUGGCAUCUGACGCCCCCGAAAGCCCCACACUUCGGUGGGCUGUGGGAGGCGGCCGUGAAGAUCGCCAAAAGGCACUUGUUUCGCCAGCUGGGGUCCACCAGACUAUCGUUCGAGGAUAUGGCAACGGUGUUGACACAAAUUGAAUCAAUAAUGAAUUCACGCCCGCUGCUUUCCAUCUCUGACGAUCCGUGCGACCUCAGCGUUUUAACGCCUGCACACUUUCUCAUCGGCACUUCAGCGACAGCUUUGCCCGACCCAGACAUCAGCACAGUCCCAACAAAUCGGCUCACGCACUACCAACAGCUCCAGAUGCACGUCCAACAAUUCUGGAUCCGUUGGCGUGAUGAAUAUUUGCACGAACUCCAGCGGGAUUCGAAACAUCGCAGCCGAAACAACGAAAUCAUUCCGGGCCGGAUGGUCGUCGUAGUGGAUGAGAUGCAGGCUCCUCUCAGGUGGCCUCUUGCGCGAAUAACUGGAGUCCACCCAGGAAAAGACAAAAUCGUCCGUGUCGUAUCGCUUCGAACAGCGAGAGGAAUCAUCACUCGCCCCGUCACGAAAAUCUGCUUGUUGCCGUUCUCCGAUGCCAGCACCGACACAGAGGGAAGUCCAGCGACCAGUGAACAAACAGCAGACCAAACAGCAACGAAUAUUUCAUGUACCAAUCCUGAAAAAUAA